GUUAAACGCCAUGACGUUUGGUGGCGUUACGUAAACCGUUCGGCGCAAAAAUUCAAACGUUGAACGGGAAGAAAAGCUACAGCUUGUUGCCUUUUGUAUGCCAUUUUAUAAAUCAUUACGCGUCGCAAUAAAGCCACAUCGGAUUUUAAACAUUUCGAGAUGAGUGCAGCUUCCACACCCGUCUCCCGGGUACGUCCAGGAUGGACGUCGUCCUCCUUGAUGAACAAGGGUAUGUCCCCUGCAGCCUGCAGCACCCCGCUGCUGACAGCCUUCCCUGGCAACGAUGACGAGCAGGAACGACGUCAGCGCAGAAGGUCAAGAGUCAUUGACCUUCAAACUGCCAAUGACUCCUCCUUCAAUGACUCUGCAUCUCAUAGUGCGGCGGGGACUCCUGCUGCUGUGCCCAAGUUGUCAAAUGCACAGAUCUCAGAGCAUUACUCCACCUGCAUUAAACUCUCCACUGAGAAUAAAAUCACAACUAAAAAUGCUUUUGGUCUGCACCUAAUUGAUUACAUGGCUGAUAUUCUCAAACAGAAGGAUUCUGAGCUCACAAACUUCAAGGUGGCAGCUGGUACUUUGGAUGCCAGUACGAAGAUCUAUGCUGUGAGGGUGGAUGCUGUUCAUGCUGAUGCCUACAGGGUCCUGGGUGGCCUAGGGGCUGAGACCAAACCUGGAGAGAACCAUGGUCCGACAGAGGAGGAGGACAAAGAUGACGGGGCUGAAGUGACUGCCAAGCAGCCGAAGAAAAAGAGGCCUCCUAAGAGGACAGUAGAGCAGAACCUGAGCAACAUCAAUAGCGCCGAGUCUGAAAGGAAGUGUGAGGUGGACCCCAUGUUUCAGCGGAUGCCCUCAUCCUUUGAUGAGAGCAGCACAGCCGGCGUCUUCCUGUCAGUCCUCUUCAGUGAGGACAGUCGCUGCGAGCUGCUGUUUCCCUCCUACAUGACCCUCCUGCAAUCCAGACCCUCUUACUCCCCUCCACCUCCGCAGGGAGUCCCUGCAUCUCCGUUCAUGGCCGGACUGCAGCGUUCCCAGGAGAAAAGCUCCAUCUGCCCCUCGCUGCAGGACUUCUCCUUCACUAGCUGGAACCCUGAGCAGACCAUGAAUCAGCUCUUGGAGAAGAUGAAGCAGGGCGAACAUGUGUUUGACGUGAAUGCUGAGCCUGAGCCAGAGCCUGAAGAAGAUGACUGCCCUGACUUUGACGCUGACUACGAGGAGGGACUGGGCGACUGUGAGGAGAGAUCCAAGGAACACAAGGAGGGUUGUGAGGCCACUGUGUCUGGCAAAGGAAGGGAUGUGAUUCCUAUCGGAGAGGGAGAUAUCGCCACUAUGUGUCUGCAGCUGUCCUCUCAGCCCAGGGAGUAUUCAUACUUCAGCCCCAGGACCAUGGCCACGUGGGCUGGACCCGGCUACUGGCAAUUCAAGCCAAAGCACAAGUUGGACCAUUUGCCUGAUAAGGAGACACGUAAAAGGAAGCCCAAGAAGACCUUUGAAAUCGACUUCAGUGAUGACGUCAACUUUGACACCUACUUCCGCACCACAAGAGCUGCCACUACUAACAGCAAGUCUGCCCUCAGUGCCAGCAAUAAAAAAACAACUCUACCAGCGGACUUCCAGUUUCCCCCAGAGACACUCUCCCAACUCAGCCUCAAACCCUCCAGCUCGUUGAGUCAAGAAGGCCAGAAGAGACUGUCCGGGGAGCUCGGAGAAGGCAUUGGAGACUACGACUACAACAACGCAAACGACACAGCCAAUUUCUGUCCAGGUCUUCAGGGUGGUGACAGUGAUGACGAUGUUGAAGGGUUUGCCAGUUCAGAGGAUACACAGCCUUCAGGUGACAGUAUACCUGCACCAUCACAAGAUCUGGAAGGCAUCUCGACCUACGGGGAGGAUGAUCUGGUACCAGAACCACACAGGGUCAACAAGAUUGAGAUCAACUAUGCUAAAACCGCUAAGAAAAUGGACAUGAAGAGACUCAAGAACAACAUGUGGACUCUUCUGACUGACAGCCCAGAAAAACCCACAGAGGAGGUGGCAGCUUUGGAGAAUCCAGAGGUGUGUGGGGAGAAGGUCUUCAGUGAGACCACAAAGACGCUGCUUCAAAGGUUGCCAAACACGAUGGCUCAGAACCUAUCGGUGCCUCUGGCGUUUGUCGCUCUGCUUCAUCUUGCCAAUGAAAAGAAUUUGGAGCUGGUGAAGGUUGAUGACAUGUCCGAUAUCAUCAUCAGACAAGGCCACUGAGGAGAAAUGAAUGAUAGCGUGUUUUAAGUAGAAUCGUCGCUGUUCCUUUGUGCUGUUCUCUACUUGUACUUUGUAAAUUAUCUGAUGUUUCUCCGUGACACUCUGUGCUUUUUGUUUUUGUUCAUUUCCUAGAAAAUACAAUAUGUAAUCAGGAACUGUUCAAAAGUCAAAUGUGUCUUAUUUCUAAAAGGGUUUGCAGUCCCUUUCAUUCUGUCUGAUGCUUAUUUGUGUGUAGAUAUUUAACUGCUCAACCACCACACAAAAUUGUAUAUUGUCAAGAGAAAUAAAAGCCUUUUUUUAAAAACACAGUUAUUAAUUCCCCCCUCCCCCCUACAAUUUUCGUAUUCCCAAGAAUACAAUUGACAGUAUUUUUAUAGCACACUUGCCUGUCAGGCAAAUUGUUUUCCAAAAUGGACAUAAUGGCUUGGAUUAUAUUUAGCUGUUGGUGAUUCAGGAAAGCCUGAUGCACUGGUCUCACAUGACAGCAGGUAAUGAACAGCAUUUAUACUUCACCACCGCCUUCCUAUAUAGAGUUGAAACCGGUUGGUCAGGGCUGGCCGCUGCUGGCUGGGAGGCACUUGUUAUGAAGGAGGUGCAGAGCAGGGAGGAGCCAUUCGGUCAGCUGAGAAUGACACCAAAGUCCCAACUGUUCUGCAGUCUGUAGCACUGAUACAUUUUUCUGUCAUUGAUUGUAUUUAGAAAAUUCAUAGCUAGACUAAUGCUAAUCCCACAUUCUCACCACCAUCAUUUCCUAAUGUGUGCCUUCCUACAGUGAAACAUCUUUAUCUAACUAAACGGGAUCUGUGACAUGCAACAUUGCUGCUGAUGUAGAGAUACUGAGUUACUGUUGAGUAACAGCAACACGCUAUGUUCUGACAUCAGCAAUAAGACAUAAUGAGAGUACAACUUUUUAAGCCAAUCCAGAGCUAUUAAUGUCACUUUCCUGUGCUGGAUAAUUCGGGCCUGAAAAUGCUUGAUGAACCCAAAAAAAGGUGUCAAUUAAAAUGUCUGUUUAAAAAAAAAAACCCUUCUGGUUACCAAUUUCAUAACUUUUUUUGUUUUGUUGCUAAGCAAUAUGCUGCUGUUAAGUUUUUAUAGGGUGAAAGAAUAGCAUUGAUUUGGUGGAUUUAAAAUAAAGCUUUGUCAUAACUUUC